GAGCGUUUGUAAGAAGAUGUGCUUUUUAUCCUGAUCCUACUGUUGCAAUCAAUUCUUACACAAUGUUAGCUUACAACCUGCUUAUCAGGUUCCCGACAUCAGGAAACUGUUAUUCACUCAAGUUCACCAAAGAUAUCACUGUGUACGAUUUAUGUCAUGAAGUCCAUUCUAAAAUUAGAGAAGCUGCUUGCCUAAAUCCAUCAGAAUAUGGAAUCUUUGUACCAGACCCUGACCCCAAGCAUUCUUUUUGGUUAGACAAUUCAAGAAUGCUCUCUUAUUACCAUUUUUGUGAUAAUGCAAGUUUAUGUUACCAAAGUUUGAUUUGUCUUAGUUUGAGGUUCAAUAUCGUUCCAAGCUUCGUCUUCUUGUUAUACAAACAAUGGAUGAAACAAGAAAAACGUUGCAGGUAGAUGAUAGCAAGACCGUUGCGGAACUUAUGUUUACUGUUUGCGCAAAAUUGGGAAUCACUAACCACGAAGAGUACUCAUUAAUAAGGCCAUCCGACGAAGAUGAAAAGAUGCGCACACUGACAUUGAGGAAAGGCAGAGGCAGUAUUCGAAACUUGGAGAAAUUAGAGAAGAUGAAACAAAAGUUGCAUACGGAUGAUGAAUUUAACUGGUUGGCGCCUGGCAAAACGCUUCGUCAACAUGGAGUUGAUGAAUCAGAAAUCCUUCUUCUUCGAAGGAAGUAUUUUUACUCUGAUCAAAAUGUAGAUACACGGGAUCCUGUUCAACUAAACCUUCUUUAUGUACAACUUAAAGAAGCCAUAUUGAAUGGUACACAUCCUAUAUCACAAGAUCAAGCCAUUAAUUUAGCUGCUUUACAAUGUCAAGCUGAAUAUGGUCCAAUGGUACCAGAGAAAAUGAAACGAAAUCCGAUAGACUUAAAAGAUCGAUUGCCUAAAGAAUACAUUAAAUCGAAAGGUAUUGAAAAAAGAAUAUUAGAACAAUAUCAAAAGUUGGGCAAUUAUGAUGAAAAAGAAGCUAAACUACGCUAUGUUCAAUUAUGCAGAUCUUUACCGACCUAUGGAAUAACAUUCUUUCUUAUAAAAGAAAAAUUAAAAGGUCGUAAUAAACUAGUACCACGAUUGUUUGGAGUAAGUAAAGAAAGUGUCAUGCGUGUAGAUGAGAAAACCAAGGAAAUUAUCGAAACAUGGCCAUUAACACGUAUACGUCGAUGGGCUGCUACUGCAAAUCUCUUCACUCUGGAUUUUGGUCAGUAUAGUCCAGAUGGAAAUUAUAUUAUGCAAACAACCGAGGGUGAACAAAUUGCACAGCUUAUAUCUGGUUAUGUGGAUAUUAUUUUACGUAGACAACGUAGUCGUGAUGGUGGUCAAACAGAAGGUGAUGAAGAAAAUACAAUUAUUGAAGAGAAUAUUACUCCAUCAAAAGCUAAUGUAAUUGCCAAUAUGAAUGCAACACUACCUCGUGGACAUCGUGCUCAAGAAGCAAAUUUAUCUCAUAGUGGUUUAAUACGUACUGCAAGUCAAAGAGAAAAUUUUGCUGAAGGUCAUUUAGCUGUUGAAAGUCAUACUAUAUCACGUCACAAUUUAAGUGGUAAUAAUAAUAUUGGCUCUGGACUUAUUGUCAAUUCUAAUGGGGAUGUAACACCUGGUGGGAAAUAUGGUUUAGCUACCGAUUUAGAACAAUUACAAAAGCGUGUAAUGCCUCAAGUGAAUUUAUCCUGUAACAUAGCUCGUGUUCAACCGUAUGAUGUGAAAAAUCAAGUGAAUCUGUUGGCUGCAUCACAAAAUCUAAUGAAAUGCUUAGAAGAUUUAUUACGAUCAGCUGAUGCAGUUGCACCAACAAUUCAAGAUUCUGGUAUCCAAUCAGCAUUAACUGGUGUCACUCGAAACACUCAAGCUUGUUUAACUGAUCUUCGUUUAUGUUUUGCUAAUUCUGAAACGGUACUUGGUAAUGAACCACCUGAAUUAUCAGAAAAAUUCUAUCAUUCAAUGAAUGGUGACAAAAAUUCACCAUCGAAUGGAUUAACUGAAUCCGAUUAUCAUGUCGGGAAUAUGGAAGCGAAUGAAUUAGCUAAAAUAUCUAAAAUGAUUGAACAAUUACGAAUAGAAUUAUUUGAUACCUCGUAUCAUUUGUUACCAAAUGAAACGCUUGAUUCAAUUUGUGUUUCACUAUGGUCUGCAAUCACUGAUUAUAAUCAAAUAUUCAAUGUACCAGAUGAACAUCAAAAUUCAAAUAAUCAAUUAGAACAACCAAUAUGGCAUAAAUUGCCACAUUUAAUUGAACGUAUUCAACAAACAUGUAAUAAUCAUGAUGGGACUAUGAAAAAAAUUAUGCAAUCCAGAUUAAAUAUUGUGCAAGAGUUAUUACAUCAUCUUGAGCCAAUACUACGUGGUAUACGUAGUUUAGCUGUAUUUUUUCAUAAUGCAGCUCAAUCAAAAUCUGUGGAUUCAAAUUUAGCUCGAGUUAUCAAUGUAUCCCAUGGAGUUGCAUCAAAACGUCAAAGUAGUAUAUCUGUUUGUUCUAAUCAUACUAAUGCUAGUAUAACAAAUACUGAACAACAAACACAAUUAACAGCUAAUGCUAUGCAUCAGAAUUUAAUGUCUAUAGCUGAAACAUGUCUUGUCACUGCUGGUCAAUUGAUCACAUGGGCACUUAGAAAUAAUUCACAAAUUAUACCAGAUUAUGAAUUACAAGAUGCUUCAGUGACUGCUGAUCAAUUAAACACAUCAAUUAAUGCUGUGCUAGGUUAUAUUCCUGGUGAAGUAACUAUACGACGUUUAUUUGCAUUGCUUCAAGAUGCUUCACGUAUAUUAGAAAUGUCAACUAAUGAACAACUAGAUGUAACUACUACCACAACUAAUCAUCAGCAACAUCAACAAAAAUCUAACAUGGAACAAUUAUCCACUCAUGAAUCACCAACUCCAUUGAUACCUUUACGUACAUCGAAUCUACCAAUUGUUGAUAUUUAUGAACAAAUCGGUGAAACAGCUAAACAACUUGCUCGUACUUGUUUAAGUGUUAGUUACGAAAUUUCAGGAAAAAUGAAACCUUCCAAAACUGAAUCAUCAUUUGGUUCACAUAGUAAUCUAAUAUUAUUAGCAUGUAUAGCUGAUCGUUUAACCAGUGCUUUAGCUGAUGUAGUACGUGCUGCUGGUUAUCGUAGUGCACAAUUACGUUCUGUUGGCCAUUUAUUAAAUAAUUUUAAUCAAGCCGCGGAACCUGUUGCUUAUGGUUUACAGCAUACAAUGCGUACUUUAGAAUCAAGUCAAAAUGAUACUGGUGUACCUUCAGCGAAUUUAACACUUGCUAAAUCAAUAUUAAAAUUACGUGAAUGGGCAUUGGAAUUAGAUCAAAAAGCUGUCACAUGUAAAGAACAAACCUAUGAUGCUGCAUCAUCUCACAUUAAUAAUCAUGAUAGUGAUACUGAUGAUCAUAGUCAGUUAACUGUAAAAAAUUACAAUAAUCAUGAAAAUGAAAAUGCAAAUCAAAGCAAAAUCAUUGACACAUUCAUGCAUAUGCGUAAUCAAUGUGAUGUGCUGCUGCAUCGAUUAGAUAGUUUAAUACAUCCAAAUGUAUACAAUGAAGUGAAUGAUGACAAAUCAUUGGAAACAACCAAUCGAAAUAGUACAUUUUGUCCUAUUCUCUUACCAAUUAAUGAUUUAAAUUAUCCUCAAUGUUGUGAUACAGUAUGUGAUAUUGAUAAGGAAUACAAUGAACAUUUAAAUGUCAUUCCAUCAUCUAUAGUUGACAAUAAAGCUGGAUUAUUUAUACAAUCAAUUAAAGGUUUAGGUCAAGUUGCUAAUCAUUUAGUACAAAUUACUUAUCAAGCUGCUUAUCUUAUUGCUGCAGCACAUCCAGCUUCACGACCAGGUCAUGUAGCUCGUUUCAGAUCACCUGAUCAAUUAAAUACAAUACAUGAUCAUGUUGCAGUGAUUCGUAAAAGUGUUAGUGAAAUAUGCAAAACUCAAUAUGACACCGCAUCCAAUGGUCUUCCAUCUUUAGAGAUUUUAAGCACAGCUAAUCAUUUAGCACAAAGAGCUACUCAAUUAUGUCAAACAACACGACCUUAUUUGUCUGAAAUUAAAAAUUUAUCUGAAAAAAGACGUCUAGCUGAUUCAUUAGAACAUGUUGCACGAUCAGCUGCCGCUGUAUUUAAUAUCAUUAAAACUUCACGUAGUACGAAUCCAACAUCGGGUACAACGGAUUUAAUUCAAAAACUAUGCUCAACAUCAUCAAUGUUAGAAGCUGAUGUUGAUCAAUACAUUGAUUUGUUACUUCGUGAUGCUUCUGGUUCACCGACUCAUUUAGCUGAAGAAACUUAUGAGCUUCAAGUGCCUGUAUUAAAAUGUGGACAAACUGUUGCCAAAUGUAUUGCAAAUCUAAUUGAUUCUAGUCGUCAAUUAAUUGAUAAUCAAUGUCAAAUUAUACAAACAAAAUUAAAUGAGGAAUUCAGUAAUAAUAAUAAUACUAAUACUACUACUACCACUACCAAUAAUAAUGAUCGAGUUGGUUUAUCUAAUUUUGAAGAUGGUCGACAUAAUUUACAUGAAUCUUGUUUAAAUUUAUUGAGUACUUUACGACAAAAUGUUCCUGGUUUAUCUAUAUGUGAUCAAAUACAAAAAAUUAUUAAAAAUUUAUUAAAUGAUUUAAAUCAUGUUAUAGUAUCCGGGAGUAAUGUGAAUAAUCAAUUAAAACAAACUAGUAAAUAUUCAUCUAAUGUACAUAGCUUAGAAAGUUCAUUAGCAUUAAUUCGUACUAGUAUUGAACAAAUUGAACAUUGGAGUUUAGAAACUAUUGAAAAUUGUCAACUUGGUCAUUGGGAAAUAAUGGCGCAUAAUUUACAUUCAAUUAGUACAUAUUUACCAAAUUUUGUUAAAGAAUCUAUUCGUACAUGUGGAAGUUUAUUACGACUAUCAGAUCAAACAAAUUUAAAUAGUCUGACACGUACUGUUUUAGAAGCUAUGCAACAAUUAAUCGAUUGUGUAUCUAUUACUCUUAAAGGGCGAUCACAAUCAUUGCCAGUGUCCAAUUGUCACAGUUCAUUGAUCAAUUACACUAAUCAAUUACAACAAGCUUGUAUUGAAUUAUCGAAACAAAUCGAUACUAUUGCAAUAGAACAAGGUGGAUUAAAUUGGCACAUUGCCACAAUCACUUCAGCUUGCUCAAAACUUGAUGAUAUAGUACCCUUAUCAAAUGGAUCAGAAAAGAACAAUUCAACUGAGAAUGCUGUUUCACUGCCAACUAGUUUUGUUCAACUACACACACGUCUAGGUCAUCAAUCUCGUGAAUUAUCUGAUCUUAUGGUUAGAGUCACAGAAGUUUACGCUGCUAAUCAAGGAGAAAAUUGUACAGAAAUUAUAUCUUCUUUUGUACAGCAAUUUCUUCAAAUGACUGAAACAGUACAACAAAUGUCUUCUGUAUUAAAAAUGCAUCCACAAAUUGAUACAGGACCUGCUUUAGCUCAAAAGCUUUGUCAUGCUACACAAGCUAUUGGUGCAGCCGCAUCAGAAUUUCUACGUGCUCCAUUACAUACAGAUCGAGUCAAUAAUUUAACUUCAAGAUUCAAUGAUCUUAAAGCUGUACUACAAUCAUGUGCACAUGGUGCAGAUGCUUGUACAACUGCAAUAGCUAAUUUGAAUCGUUUAGUAGCUGAUUUAGAUACAGCUGCAUUGUUUGCACGUGCUGGUACUACUACACAAGAAUCAUUCAAAGCACCUAUUUCACCUAGUGACAAAGGUUCAAUUGCAUUUAAACAAAGAGCUUUUCAAACAGUUCAAGAAGCGGUUAUGCAAGCGGAAAAAGGUAUUGUUGAAGAUAUGCAAACUUUGAUUAAAACAACAUCAACUGAUCAAGAUGCAUUAGCUAUAUCAGCACAAAAUUGUUUACUACGUGCUACUGAAUUAACGGAAUCAACUAAAAAUGCAGCAUCAUGUUUAGCCUCAUUAUUAUCAUCAUCGUCAUCAUCAUCAACAACAACAUCAACAUCAACAUCAUCUACACCAGAUGUAUCAAUUGAAAGUCAAGUACAAUUGUUCACAGCAACACGUGAUGUAAUUGCUGGUUUAGUACGUUUAUUAAAUCAUGGUAAAGCUAUAUCAUCAGCAUGUUAUGCAUUAGAAUUUUGGAAUAAUCAAACUGAUGAGAAAUUAAUGAAUUUAAUGAAAACUAAACAAAAUGCAUUAAAUGAUACAGCUGUUGAAGUGAUUGAAACAAUAUCUAGUUUAUCACAAACAUUACGUUCUAUUAGUGAUUUAUUUAGUGUACCAACAAAAUCACCGAAUAUCAAAGAUGAUGAAAAUCAAUCAUCGGCUUCAUCUGUGCCUCCUCCAACAGUUCCAGUGAAAAAAAUUAGUCUUAAAGUAUCUGUACAAAAAUCAACCAAUUUUGAUAAGAAAAUAAUUGAUCCUGCUAAAUUAAAUGUUCAUCAUAGUCUUGAAUCAAUUAUCAGUGUUUUAGGUAAUUUAAAUGAACGUUUAAAUAAAUGGAAUGUUAAAGAUGGAUUAUUACAUACACCAGAUUCUGAUUCUGAUGCGGAAUUUGAACGACAAACUGCAUUAGGUCAAACAAUCAAUCCAUCUUAUUUAGUAUGUGCUGCACGUGCUAUCACUCAAGCAGCCACAAAUGCAAAUAAUGCUACUGGGUCAGGUAAACUAUCUGAAAUUGGUUUAGCUGGUGAUAUGAUACGUCGUACAGCGGAAGAACUAGUACGACGUUUACAUUCAGUUCUACAAACUUCAUUAACAUCAAUCUCUGCAUCAAAUAACCAAACAAUGUUAUCAAAUGGUCGUGCUAAUGCUGUCAAUGAAUCAGGAACAGGAAAUGAUAAUACAUCAGAUGAUCGUGAUGAAACUAUGCGUUAUCAUGAUUUAGAGAAAAUAUGUCAACGUGCUAUUCAUGGAAGUGCUAAUACAAUGUCAGAGCUUAAACAAUUAGUUGAACAUAUGAAUAAGGCACUUGAUUCCGGUCCUGGAAGUCCGGAUAGUGUUCAAGUUACUUUGGCUAUGAGACGUUUACGUGAAACUGUAUUUGAAAUUGUUGAUUGUUCAAUGUCUUUACCUGGUGCUAAAGAAGAUGAUAUUGCUGAUUUCAAACCAAAUGUUUGUACUAAACCAAUUCCUGUUGUAAUUGACAAUAAAGUUAUCAGUUCAUGUGAUAAUCCUUUUGAUCGAAAAUCAAUUUAUAAUCAUUCUAUGGAUAUUGAAAAGAGUAUUGCUGAAGCAAAUGCAACAGCUAUUGAUAAUAUUGAUCAUUCUGAAGCAUCAUCAUCAUCAUUCUCAUCAACAUCUGGUGUACAAAAUGCACUGCAAGAUUUAGCUGGAGAAAUUGAACGAAGUGUUGAACGUAUUGGUCUAUUACAUUCAAAACAUUCAUUUAAGAAUUCAUUAAAUUCACAAAAGCCACAUUCACAAAUGGAUCAGUCAAAAGAUACGAUGGCCCCAACAUCGAAAUCUUCCACUACUGUUGCUUCAACGACAAAUAUUCCAAUUUCUACCAAUGUUAAUAAUCACAUAACUAAUACUGGUAGUGCCAAUGAAGAUAUUGAUCUUGAAUCAUCAGACGGUAUGGAUGCAAUUAUUAUAGCUUGUCGAAAUUUAGUUCAUGCUACUUUAAGUCUCAUGUAUUGGGCUGCAGCAGCUCAACGUGAACUUAUUCAACAAGGUCGACUUAAACCAAUUGAUUUGCAACAAACACCUGAAUCAGAAUCUGAAGCACAAUGGGCACAAGGUUUAAUAUCAGCAGCAAGAUAUGUGGCUGUUGGUGCAAAUCAUUUAGUUGAAUCAGCUCAAGCAUUUGUUACAAUGCAUGUUGUGAGUGGUUCAUCACAAUCAAUCGAUUCAGGUGAUAUAACAAUGAAACCAGAGAGUUUAAUAUCAGCUGCACAAACCACAGCUGGUUAUACUGCUCAAUUAGUGAUUGCUUGUAUAGCUAAAGCUAAUCCGAAUUCACAAAGUUGUUUAGGUUUACGUAAUGCUGGCGGUUCGGUUAAACAUGCAGCUGAUCGUCUAGUACGAAUUGUACAAAUGGUCAUGUCGAAGAAUAAAUCACCAGCAACAGCAACAGCGACAACAACAACAGUGGAUGCAGACAAAGAACAAUCUGAUGCGUCAUUAGACAAUUUAAGUGGUCGAGUUGUUUCAUCUAUGAGACAAGUAAUUGAAACGAAAUCCAGUAUUGCAGCUAAACAAAGAGAAUUGGAUAAAUUACACGCUCAGUUGAAACAUAUUCAUCAAGAUCAAUAUCGAUCACAUGUGCAGUGAACAAAAAGAAAAAAGAAGCACCAGGCGAUGACACUGACACAAAAAGGAGAUGAUUACUACUACUAAUACUACUACUACCAGUAGUAGUAGUAGUAUUACUAUUAUGAUUGUCAAUUUUAGAAGUUUUGUUGUUUAUAUAUCAUCAACUCAUGCUUCAAUUUCUACAAUUUUGUUUUAAAUCUGAACAACACCAGGAAUUUUUUUAUGUUUGCCUUUUUUUUCUAUCCUUAAAGGGAUGUGUACUACUCUGUGUAUGCGUGCGUGUGUGUGUGUUUGUGGUUUGGUGACAAAAAAAAACAAUCGUCUUCUUUGCCAAAUGAUUUAUUCUGCCUUAUUUGCUUGUUAUCUUCCUAUUGUGCUUUUAUUUUUCAAACUUAUUUUGAUACCUACAUAAUUCAUGUGUGUGAAUGGGUGUAUGUGCGUAUCCGCUUGAUAAUCAGUAAUAAUUAAUUCAUUUCCACUGAUUAGACACCUGAUGUAAUACGUUCAGUUCUUUGAAAGAAUGGUACUUUCUCUUUAACAAUGAUCUGAUAAUCUUUUCGUUGCAUCAAUGUGUUUUUUUCGUAAAUAACUAUGACAGAGGUCGUCUACAUCUAAUGAAUGCGCCUAUAUGAUAAAAUAGUAUGGUAUAAUAUAACAGCCAGUACCAACCACGCACACAAACCAAUACAUUGAAUACCUCGAUAAUUUGUUAUAAUAAUAUUAAUUAUUAUUAUUAUUUAGCAUUGUUCGAUAAUUUUUUCUGAUUUUUAAACUACUUUUACAUCAAUUAUGAACUUGUCUUGAGAGAGAGAGUACUUGUUAUAUAUGUAUUAUAUUAUAUACAACAGAUUUUUUAAUCUAUUCAUCACAUAAACUUACUUAUCUCUACUACAUCUACUACAUUACAAUUGCCGAUAUAAUAAAUACAACAGCUAAGAAAAAUCAAGUAUUUUGUACGAAUAAUCUAUAAUAAUAGUAGUAGUAGUAGUACUAGUACUAGUAGUAUUAUUAGUAGUAUUAUUGUUUUUCUUUUUUUUCUCUAAAUUUCACACUAUCAGAUAGUUUAAUGUAAAAUUUUAACCAAUCAAUUUUAUUUGACCGGAUCUUUUCGGUAUGAAUUAAUUUCACUGGCGCAUAAACAACCGAAUGACGUAAUAGAACACUCGUUAAAGAUAAUAAUUAUUAUUAUGAUUAAGUCAUGCAAAGAAGAAAACACCAUUACACACAAUAAACCAUUCGUGAAUAAUUUUUUAUUGCCUUAACUUGCUGCAACCUUUUGAUUUCUUUUUAUAAAAAAAAAAAAACAAAUUCAUUUCUGUAAUCAUUAUGGUUGUUUGUAAAUUGUAUCAAUAAUUCUUUUCUCUCUUUAAAGAAAAAAAUUCAUUCAUUUCAAUGAACGACUGUAAUUAAUUAUCAGUGUUCAUUUAUUUCUUCUAUAUUUUGAAUUUUUUCCUCUUUUUAAUUGAAAAAAAAAAUAAUAAUUUAAAGAUUUUACAGAAUGAAUUAAGAAUUAUACUAACUAAAAUUGAUUGUUUAAUUUUUACAUUGAAUAUAUUUAUGAAAAC